UAUGAUAAGCGACAAGCAAUUUUUCCAAAAAGUCAUCCAAAACUUAGCUAGAACUUUAGCCUGUGUAAAUCCAACACCAUGGGAUAAACUUUUAAGUCUUUAUAACCAUUGUCCACAAGAUAAUGGCCAGGGAGUGUUUCGUAUGGAUAAUCGAAGCUUAGAAGCUAUAUAUGCUUUGGGUAUAUACUUCUUAGAAUCAAAUUUUCAACAUGCUGAACAAUUAGUACCAUAUUUUUUAAAAGUUUUAAAAGGAUUAUCAAAAAUUAUAUGGAUUGAUGAAGUUAAAUCGUUUCCUGUGGAACGAAUACCAGUAGCUGAAAAAUUUAGCUUUUGCCUCAACACCCUAUUAUCAGAUAUCGCAUCAAGAUGUGAAGAAUAUCGUGAAACAAUUAUCGUGGCUCAAGUUGAAUGUUUAACAUCGUUAACAAAUAUUAUUCGCGAGGCAAAAGAUCGUAAAUCUGACAAUACUCCCGGUAAAAUAUAUCUAUGUCGAUCAACUGUUCCCGCAUUAAUUGGAUUAUGUCGUUCAAUGGGACGAUUUUGUACACAAGAUCCACCAUUAAUGUGUCGUAUUUUCCCGAAACCAGAACAUCCUUUAGGUGAUAAAAUGAAAAUGAAUAAUAUUGAUGAUUCGAAUCGAUAUAAUACGUUAACAAAAAAAUCGAGUUUCACGCAUUAUCGCAGUAUAAUUCCACGAUCAUUAUCGGGAAAUUUGAAUGCUGUUAUUCAUAUGGAUAAUUCUCAAAAAUCAAUCGAUACCACUGAUAUUGCAUACAAUACGGAUUCUUUAAAGAAGAGUACAAAAAUGACGUACAGUAAUCCUGCCUUGGCCCAGUAUGAUUCAUCCAGAUAUUUUUUCGUCAAAUAUGGUUCAAGUUUUAACCAAUUUCCGUACACACGUUUAUCAGAGAGUCCUGAAAAGAAAAUUGCUAUGUUAUUUUCAAUAACACAUUUACAAGCAAUUUUGGCAAUUGCGAAAAAAUUAUUGACGAAGGAUAUGCUUGAAUAUUUGGAUGAUCAAGCGCAUGAAGUUUAUGAUGGUGGAAAAAUAUUAAUAUUUCCAUAUAAAAGUUUUUCCGAAACGAUGAAUUUAGUUAUGGUUACACUUUUACGUGAAUUACUACAGAAUCAAAAAAAUUUACCAAUACCGUUUACAAAAGAUGUACAAGAAUUUGUUAAAGGAUUAUUUUUAAGUGGUCAAACUGAAUUACAAAGUCGCCAUCAUGAUGCAAGUGAAAAAGAGGAUCGUGAUACCAAUUAUGCAACGGUUAAUAAAUUUAAAGUAAAUGUUAUGGCGAAUGCAGCUUGUGUUGAUUUAUUAGUGUGGGCGAUUAGUGAUGAAACAGUCGACGAAGAAUUUAAUUUUGGUUCUUUAAUAAAUGCCUUGAACAUGAAUAUAGAGAAAGGCGCCGAUAGUCUUUGUGGACGUUUAACUGAAAAAUUAAAUUCAAAUCAUGGACAAAAACUUGUGUUAGCGCAUAUGCCAUUAUUAAUGGUAUGUCUUGAAGGUUUAGGUAAAUUAGCACAAAAAUUUCCAAAUAUUGCUUCCACAUCGAUAUAUUGUUUACGUGAUUUUUUGGUAACGCCAUCUCCAAUACUCUUUAAAUUACAUAAAAAGAAUACUGAUCGAAUUAAUAAGGAUAAUAAGUUUAAAUACUCAGUUCAAGGUAAAGAAAAUAAAAAUUUGAAUGUUAAAACACAUUCGUCUGCUGAAGAAGCAUUUGAAAAAUUACGAGAUGCUGCUAUUGAAAAUUUAUGCAUUGCAUUAGAGGCUUCGUAUGCUGUCGAUCCCUAUUGUGUACCUGCUUUGGUUGCUAGUGUAUCAAAUCGACUGUUUACAGCUGAAAAAUCAGAUAGUGAAUCUUCGUUAAUUUCAACAAGUAUUGUUAUUAUGUUAGGCCAUGUAGCCGUUUCAUUAAUUAAUACACCAAAGACCAAUGAAACUAUUUUACAAUUUUUCCUUCAACGUUUUUGUCGCGUUCCAUCUCAAUUAGAUAAUUUAAUCGUGGAUCAAUUAGGAUGUAUGAUUAUUGCCAAAUGUGAACCUCAUGUUUAUGAGGAAAUCAUGCGUAUGUUUACAAUGAUUACUGUGGAAGCGAGUAGUGCUGCAUAUGGAAAUAUGGGUGAUGAUAGGAAACAAUAUCGACAUGUGUCGUUAGCUGUUAUAAAUGCCUUAGCAAAUAUUGCAGCAAAUAUUCAAGGUGAAGCUGCAAUGACUGAAUUAUUGGUACGAUUACUGGAGUUGUAUGUACAACUUGGUUUAGAACUUAAACGUGCAUCAGAAAAAGUACCAGGAGUGCAAAAAGCAUCGAGUAGUGCGGGUAAUUUAGGUAUGCUUAUACCUGUUAUUGCUGUCUUGGUACGACGUCUACCACCCAUACGGAAUCCAAAACCAAGAUUACAUAAAUUAUUUAAAGAUUUUUGGUUAUAUUGUGUGGUUAUGGGAUUCACACAAUCUGAUUCCGGUCUUUGGCCACAAGAUUGGUAUGAAGGUGUUAAAGUGAUUGCCGUAAAAUCACCCUAUUUAGUUUCGCAAACAUCGAGUCGAUCGGAAAUGCGAGAAUUACAAUAUACAAGUGCGGUCCGAAAUGAUAGUGUGUCACAAACUGAUGUACAAGAGCUUAAAUCACAAAUAUUAAAUUUACUGGAACAUCCACCAGAUAUUUUGGCUUAUGUUAAGCAACUUACAUUUGCACAAUGUACUUAUUUAUUAUCAGUUUAUUGGCUUGAAACUUACAGAGUUCUAAAUUCAGAAGAACCAUCCUUACAACCAAUAAUUGAGUACUUAAGUGAUUCAGCAAUACAAAAAGAUAAAACUGGAAUGUGGAAUUGUAUUUAUAGUGUUGGUGAAAAAGUUUUUGCGAAAUUUUUAGAUAUUACUGCAAAAAAACCAAAAGAUGAAGCACGCGAUCGUGAACUUGAAAAUCACGCAAUCUUUUUACUAGUUAAUUUUAAUAAUACACAAAAACAAAUCCGUCGUGUUGCUGACAAAUAUUUAGCUGGACUCGUUGGACGUUUUCCACAUUUGUUAUGGAAUAGACGUGUUUUAUGGAGUAUGUUGGAUAUAUUACAAGUGUUAAGUUAUUCAUUAAAUGUGGAUCCAAAUCAGGAAACACCCACAUUGAAAAUUCCAUCAAUACCUUAUCAGAUUCAUCUUAUGGAUAAUUUAGAAGCAAGAGAAACAAUUGUAAAAGAUUUUGCAUCACAAUGUCAACAAAUUUUGCAAGAGGCUAUGAAAUGGGCACCAGAUAGUACACGUUCACAUCUACAAGAAUAUUCAAAUCAUAUUCCAGGAUCGGGAACAUGGCAUCAUGCUGGCUUAGCAUUAGCCACAGAUGCUGUGCUACAAUUCACUGGAUUAAAUUUACAAUCCGCUCCAUUAUCUAGUAAUACUCUAGAACGACGACCAAAGUGUGUUAAAUCAGAUGUGUCACGGUUUAUAUCAAUUCUAAGUAUACGUAGUCGAUAUGCUGGAGAAGUUAAUGGUUUAUCACAUUAUGAAAAAGUCAACUUACAGAAUGAAUUAAUUAAAGAAGUUUGGGAUUCAUGUAAGAAUAAAUCAGAUUCUGCACAUCGUAAAGCUUUAUGGAAAGCUACUGCACUCUUAAUCAAUACACCAGGAAUUAAUCGAAAGCUUUUACAUGCAAUUUGUUGGUCUCAAGUGGAGUUAUUUACUGUAGAAGCAAUGACAACGUGUGUGGAGUGUUGGCAAUGGUUGAAUACAGCCAGGCCUGAUCUAGAAUUAGGAUUUUUACGUGAAAUGUUAUCAGCUUGGCAAUGUACUGUUGAUAAACGUUUAGGCCUGUUUUCCAGGGACAAGGAGACAACUAGUCCCUUAGCUGCUUAUGAAGGAUGCACUUUAGAAUCAUAUCCACCAUUUGUAGCACCACAUGGAAUAUGGGUUCAAUUUAUAUGUGAGCUAGCUGAAACUGGAAAAUAUCGUAGUCAACAACAAGUGGACAUGUUAGCUACAUUAUUGCAUCGUGCAUUACCAAUGACAGUUGGUAGCCGGGAAUGUAAUCAAAGUCGGCAUAUUGCAUCUGUUGGAGUUCGAUUUAAAUUAUUAGCUUGUGGAUUAUCUUUACUCCAAGGUGAUAUACUUCCAAAAGGCUUGGCAAAAAAUGUAUUGCGAGAACGAAUAUAUUGUAAUUGUUUGGAUUAUUUUUGUGGGCCAAAAAUGUAUCCAAUACAAAGCUCGUCAAAACUACGUGAAGAUAUAAGUGUACUUGUAAGAUUCUGGCAGACAAUGCAUGCUGAUAAAAAGUAUUUAAAAGCAAGUUGCGUUGGUGACUUUGAUUUAUAUGGGCCAACGAAUGUGUUAACAUCCCAAAAUGAAAUGAAAUCGGGUGGAUCUGAUUUUACACGAUCUGCAAGUGGUUGGAUUAAUACUGUUCCAUUAUCAUCCAGUACGAAUACAUUGAGUAAACGAUCGAAUCGAAGUAAACGACAAGAAAUUGAUGUUUUUGUUAAAGAUUAUUUAAAGAAACGUAAUUUAAUAUUGGAAUUAAUAGCGGUAGAAAUUGAAAGUCUUGUGAUUUGGCAUAAUCCAAGUUCACGUGCUGAAUUGCAAGUAACUGGCGAGGAUAAUAUAUCAGCUUGGCGUUCAAAAGCUGUUACUGAAAAAACAUGGCGUGAUUAUGCACGAUUGGCAUGGGAAAUUUCACCAUGUUUAGCUGUUUUUCUACCUGUCAGGUUGAAAAAUUCUGACAGUAUAAUACGAGAAAUAACGCGUCAAGUGCGUUCAAAUCCAAGCGCCGUAUCACACAUUCCAGAAGCGUUACAAUAUUUGGUAACAACUGACACACUAAUGAGUGACGCUCAUGAAUUAGUACAUAUGCUAACAUGGGCUAGUGUUAGCCCUAUACAAGCGCUAUCAUACUUCUCACGUCAAUACCCACCGCAUCCAAUAUCAGCACAGUAUGCAGUACGAGUCUUGUCUAAUUAUCCAGCUGAUGCGGUUUUGUUUUACAUUCCACAAUUGGUGCAAGCUGUCAGACACGAUGAUAUGGGAUAUGUAACAGAAUUUAUAAAAUAUAUUGCAAAGAAAUCACAAGUUGUUGCCCAUCAACUGAUUUGGAAUAUGCAAACGAAUAUGUAUAUGGAUGAAGAUAUGCAAAUCAAAGAUAGUGCGAUUUUUGAUACGUUAGUAUCAUUAGUUGAUUCUAUUGUAAAUACACUAUCUGGGCCAGCAAAAUUAUUCUACGAACGUGAAUUUGACUUCUUUAGCAAAAUAACAAAUAUUAGUGGUGAUAUUCGACCAUACCCUAAAGGGCCAGAACGCAAACGAGCAUGUCUUGAAGCAUUAAGUAAAAUUAAGGUGCAAGAAGGCUGUUAUCUUCCAAGUAAUCCUGAAGCAAUGGUCGUUGAUAUCGAUUAUAAAAGUGGAACACCAAUGCAAAGUGCUGCAAAAGCACCAUAUUUAGCAAGAUUUAAAGUACGUAAAUUUGGUAUUCAAGAAUUAGAACAUUUUGCAAUGGCUGUGUCCGAAAAGAAUAUUAAUUCUGAGAUAAAAAAAGAACAAAAUAGUAUGGGUAUUGAGAUUUGGCAAGCUGCAAUAUUCAAAGUAGGCGAUGAUGUGCGCCAAGAUAUGCUAGCGCUACAAGUAAUUGGAAUUUUUAAGAAUAUUUUCAAUCAAGUUGGAUUAGAUUUGUAUUUAUUUCCGUAUCGGGUUGUGGCAACAGCUCCUGGGUGUGGUGUUAUUGAAUGUGUUCCAAAUGCAAAAUCCCGAGAUCAACUUGGAAGACAAACUGAUAUUGACAUGUAUACAUAUUUCUUAACAAAAUUCGGUGACGAAAACACAAAAGAAUUUCAGAAUGCUCGUCGUAAUUUUAUUCGAUCUAUGGCCGCUUACAGUGUUGUCGGUUAUUUAUUACAAAUUAAGGAUCGACAUAAUGGAAAUAUUAUGUUAGAUAUUGAAGGCCAUAUAAUUCAUAUAGAUUUUGGUUUUAUGUUUGAAUCAUCACCAGGUGGUAAUUUAGGCUUUGAACCAGAUAUCAAAUUAACAGAUGAAAUGGUUCGGGUAAUGGGUGGUACAAUGGAAGCACAACCGUUCCGAUGGUUUUGUGAACUUUGUGUUCAAGCUUAUUUAGCUGUGAGGCCCUAUCAGGAAGCAAUUGUCUCAUUGGUAUCAUUAAUGUUAGAUACUGGUCUACCAUGUUUCCGUGGUCAAACAAUAAAAUUGUUACGAUCACGAUUCACACCGCAUCUAACUGAAAAAGAAGCUGCUACUCAUAUGCUGUCAGUAAUUAGAAAUUCAUUCUUAAAUUUCAGAACUCGCACUUACGAUAUGAUACAAUAUUAUCAAAAUCAAAUUCCUUAUUAAAUUAAAACUAUAAUUAAUUGAAAAGGAUCCUAUUUGUCAAGAGUUACCAUAGACCAUAAGGUCUACAAUUAUUGAUGUAUUAUAUUGUAUUUUGAUAGAGCAGUGAUUACUAGCUGCCUAGCCUAGUUAUUUAGUAUAUGUGUAGAUACUUCUUUCAAAGGUAAAGUUCACAUAUUUUAGUAGAAAAUUUCUAAUUACUGUAUGUACCUCUGUACCUCGUUACAUUUACAUCAUACUUUAUGUCAAUUUGUGAUUUGAAAACAAAAACUUAUCCUAAAAAUAUUAUAUUUUUUACUUGAUACAAAAAAGAGGUGCUUUGUUUUGCUAGUGUGUUUAUGCGGUAACUAAUUGAGUGAAUAAGACUUUUGAGAUCGGAAUUAAAAAUUACACUUCCAAUUUUUACGGUAUCAGACCGCAAACUGUUCCUAUAAGGGCGUAGAAAAAAGUCAGUUUAGCCAGAAAGUAUGGUCUUUAAGUUCGUAAUAACCAAUGGUGCUGAAAAAAGUAUGAAAAAAAAAACAACUAUUGAAUGUUAUAUUUUGAACUAUUCUAAGUAUUUUUUGUUACCUGGCAUUUUUACCUAAACA